AUGGACGGUUAAAUAGACAGAAUUCGGUCAGGACACCAGCAAGAAGUCAUAGACUAAUUUGAGAUGAGAUAGGACCUGAUAGCUAGAAGAUCAGAAUCAAAUGACAAAAUACUUUUAAGAGAGUUUUCAAAGUUCAUCCAUUUAUGCGAAAAAGGGAAAGCAUUAAUGAAGGAGGAGCACCUACAUCUUCAGUGGGAGGAGGAAAUUUCUAAGAAGAUUAGAAAAUAGCUGGAGUUGGGAUUAGAGGCUUCAUAGAUUCAAAUAGUGUAAUAAGAGAAAAUGGACAAGGAGGAAAUUCCAGCAUAAGACUAGAAAAAAUAUACAAGAGAUAGAGAUUUUCCAAAAGUACCAGCUAUCGAUUAAUUCAAUCUUAAGAAAAGUUUUGGGAAAUAAAAAUGUAGAGACAAAUUUAAAAGUAUUAUUUAAGGAAAAGUCUAUGUGACUUUUAUGACGUGUGUCACUAUUUAUGCACUCUUUGGUGAUGAUAUUCGACUUGUUGGAAUAUAAAAGAAAUAUGAUGAUAUAUUUUACUCUCUCUCCACCUUUACUCUCUUUUUUUACAUACUCGAGAUAAUUAUCUCCUCUUUAGUUAUACCUAAGUACUUUAUUGGUUUUUAUUUUUGGCUUGACUUGAUUUCGACAAUUUCACUAAUCUUUGACAUUGGCUGGCUGUGGGAUAUUAUUGUCGGCACUGAAGAUUUCAGUUCUGGCAAUUCCCAACAGGUCUCUUUGAUUGCGAGGGCUGGCAGAGGUGCGAGAAUCGGUACAAGAGCAGGAAGAAUUGUGCGUAUAGUUAGUCUUUUCAGACUUAUUAGAAUCAUGAAGCUUUAUAAGUUGAGAGAGCAGAGGUUUUCUGUCUAAGAUGAAGAUGAGAUAAUAUUUUAAACUGAUAAAAUUUUCUCGCCUGCUGCUGCUCAACCUUUCCAACCUCCAAGUAAUCAACCAACUAAAUAAGACCACGGACCUAAACAUCAUUUAAGAAGAGGAUAAACAGUUAGAGCAGAUGGCUCUGCACUCAAUGAGAUGAGUCUAGACAGCAUGCUUUCAAACGGACCAGAAAACAAUGAGCCUAAUUCAAGUGAUGUUAGAAGGAUGGCAACUUAAAAUCCCUAACCUAAUCCAGGUUAAAAUAAUUUAAUGCCUUAGCAAACAUAAUCUGGAUCUUCUUAAGAAUAAUAAUCUAACCCAUAAUAAACAGCUCUUAAUGAAUCUAGCAACCAAAAAUAGGCUAACAAGCACUUUGACUCUAAACUCUCGGAGUUAACCACAGGCAGGGUCAUCAUGCUGGUAUUAGGGAUUAUGUUUUCAGUGCCUGUUUUCACAAUAUCCACUUAUAGAGAUGAAGGCAUUCAAUAUGAAUUUGGCUUGAAUUUGGUCUCAGUAUUUAAUGAUCAGCCCUAUUCUGAGGCUUUUAACUCUAGUUUCUACGAAUUUGUUGAAAGACAUAGUUAAAUGAGAACACCGCUAAUAUAUGCGAUAUCUCUAAACCUCACUUGGGUUGGCAAUACUGGUGUAAGUAAAAUAAUUAUUAAUGAUGAAAAUUAGCCAGAUGAUCUGAGAGCACUAGAGAAGCAAAUAAUAGAAGAGCAUGAGGGUGAUUAUGUCGCUGUUUAUGAUCUUUCAGCAAACACCAAAUUGGGUGCUGGGCUGAGUAUUUGCCGAACAUUCUUUGUUUGCUUGAUUUCAGCAGCCGGUGCAAUUUACUUUUAGAAUGAUGCAUAGUAAUUGAUAAUCGAGCCAAUUGAUUCGAUGAUCAAGAAGGUCAACCGUAUUGCAAGUAAUCCCCUUGAUGCAGCUUAAGAGGAGGAAUAAGAAGCUUUGAAAAGAGAAAAAUUGGCACUCAGAGAGAGUUUGUCAUAGAAAAAAUCCACAAGAACUUGCAACAAGAUCUUAAAUUAUAUGAGAUCCGGAACGAAAGAGCCUCAAGAGACAGUGAUUCUAGAAUAAACUAUUGUUAAAAUUGGUGCAUUGCUAGCUUUGGGAUUCGGUGAGGCAGGCGUUAAGAUUAUAGCAGAUAAUAUGGCAAGUAACGGAGAUGUGGAUCCGAUGAUUCCAGGUAACAAGAUAGUAGGAAUCUUUGGAUUUUGCGAUAUAAGACAAUUUACAGAUACCACAGAAAUUCUUUAAGAAGAAGUUAUGGUUUUUGUCAAUGAAAUUGCGGAGAUUGUUCAUGGUUUAGUUGAUAAAUUUUCUGGUGCAGCUAAUAAAAAUAUUGGAGAUGCCUUCUUGUUGGUUUGGAAAUUCCCUGAAACUGAGAUUGAGUUCGACUUGGAUGUAAAUACUAUGGUACCUAAGAGAUCUAAUGCUGUUAGUCAAAUAGCAGAUAUGACUGUUAUAUCCUUUUUAAAGAUCAUAGCAUAGGUUAAGAAGUCUUUUCAUUUGGAUAAGUAUCGAAGGAGACAUGAUAUACUUGCCAAACUUCCUAAUUACUAAGUUAGAAUGGGAUUCGGGCUGCAUGUUGGUUGGGCUAUUGAAGGUGCAAUUGGCUCAGAAUUCAAAAUUGAUGCUUCAUAUUUAUCACCUAAUGUUAACAUGGCUUCAAGACUAGAAGCAGCAACGAAGCAGUUUGGAGUGAAUCUUCUGAUUAGUGGAGCUUUAAAAUAAAUAUGCACUGAGUAAUGCUAAUCUUACAUGAGACACAUUGAUACAGUUAUAGUCAAAGGCUCUUCUAAACCAGUUGAAUUAUAUACAUGUGAUAUUGAAACUCGGAAUCUCAAGAUAGAAAAGAAGGACAGAAAUAAGAAUAAAAGCAAGCAAGAGAGAAAGAUGAAUAUUAUCAGAGCUCGUUUGGAGAGGAACCGAUUCAAAUCACAGGCUUUGAACAGCUAGCUUUAAGUAGCUAGUUUGUUUCAUACUGAUAAUGAUUUAAUAAAGAUGCUAGGGGCUUAUCGAAACGCCAAGUUUAUCGCUAUCUUCAAUCUUGGAAUGAAGAAUUAUGUCAAAGGUGAUUGGGAAAGUGCCAAGGUUGAACUAGAGAAUGCUGAAAAGUCCAAGGGAGUCCCUGACUACCCUUCUAGAAGUCUACUUAAGUUCAUGUCUGAUUACAAUUUUAUAGCUCCAAAGGAUUGGGUGGGCCACAGAGCUCUGACUGAGAAAUGA